UGCGUCCAUGUGCCUGGCGGUGGUUUCACAGCUGGAAACUAUCGCUGCUUCUGCCGCAAAGGAUUUUAUUUCCCUAAUCCUAAUGCGAAAAGGAAAUACUUCGAAGGACGAGAAGUUUUAGCAGCAGAAGGGAAAGCAAACUACAGUUUAUACGACUGUCUACCGUGCCGCGAAGGUUGUGAAGAGUGUGUCGAUGAUACGCCGUGUAUGUAUCAGAGAAAUGUGUCACUGAGGAUUGUGCUUCUGUCAAUCAACGAGAUCAUCAAAACAGCCGCAAUUGCCUUGGGUGUGUUUGUCUUCGUCCUCAGAGAGAACAAG